AUGUCAUUCUUGACCGCGGACGGCUUUUGCUCCGCCUACUAUUCCUUGGCACUGAAGGGGAUUGGGUGUCUUAACCCAUCGCGGCAAAACACGAUCCCCUUGAAAUCGCGCGUCAAGAAGUAUAAAAGAAUGGGGUUCCGUAUCGUCGAUUUCGAUGACCGUGAAGUGUACUCCCACCAUACUUAUUCUUCAGCUCUUCCGGAGGCGGCCUUGCCAUCACCUCAAAAGCCGGAAAACGCACUGACUGUAUGGAAUUGCCCCCAUGUGCCUCGUCGGUUCAGCGAUGUAGGAUCCUUUCGGAAAGAUACGUCUACGCUUUUACGAGCCGAGCGGACUGGCAAGACGUCCGCUUGGAACGAGAAAGACCCUGCGUCGUUCGUCCCUCAAGGAAGCCAAGAGCUGAUGCAGUGGCUAAGGGUGGUCUCUACGGCGGAUCCUUCUUCUUGGCCAUUGAACUAUCCAUUUCGUGUUGUUUACGCCCAUCUACUACCUUGUUUUUCUCCGCCUUCCGUUGAAGUACGUAUCCAAGGCGUGAUAGAAGAUGGAUCAGUCAAGCGAGGUGUUUGGGUGCAGCGACCAAAGGUCUUUGGCCAGGAGAGUAUCCGGUGGCUCAGGCUCGGCUACGGGAAAGCCGAGCACCAAGAACGAUUUCAGACCCAGCUGAGAACGUUGCGGUCUAUCGCGGAUACAUGCAAGAGACAACUUAGCUUGCCUCCAUCGACUUUACCUCUUCCUACAUCUAUCUGUCUUCGGCGUAGGACACCGGAAUUUGGCGACUCUAUGACCGCACCGAUAGUCAAUGAAAUCAAUGGGAAAACUGGUGUUCUCGAAAAACGUUCACUUAACGACCUUCGAGUGGGUGACAUGCUUGACAUCAACGUAGAUGUCGAGGUGGCCGUCUAUAGGGCAGAGGACUCUGUUCCUCGAACUGCGAAUCGGAGCCGUAAACUCGGUAAACUAAUUUCGCACGACCUCCUUGACUUUCGUUACGUGGAGAAGGACACGAUAGGACAUACCAUGGUGGAGCCUAUCGACCAACCGUUGACUCCUGAUGAAAGUCUUCUCGUGAAAUCACUGAAUAUGAAGUGGAAGCAAAAGCAAAUGUCUCCAGCUUAA